AUUUCCACCUGCCAAUUACCAAAACAAUACGCAGGCGGUUCUGCCGUGGAAGGCGCGUGUUCCUAUUUUUUUUUUGGUUCGGGUCAAGCAGCAACGGCGCUGUCUGUUUGGUCCUUCUAAGGGAACAACCACGUGGUUUUGGCUGGAACGCAAUUGUUCAGGAACCGCCUCCGUUCAUGUUCAAUUAUAAUUUCUUGUUAUUUUCACUUUGAAGUCCCCGUUCAGUUGAUCGACCCCCAAUCUCGAUUUCUCACGAAAUCCUUGGCUUCUGCAGUUCCUUUCAAUCUUUGUCGAUUUUGCUUUGCCGGGGCGUCUUCAUUCAUUUCAGGAUUGUUGCAAGGUUCGGUUUUUUGUUUCAUAGGCUUCAAAAGCUUUAACUCGGAGUAUGUGUUCUUCGCUCGUGAGUUUUUCCUUUGAUCGGCAAUUAUUUCUGCGGUUAGAAUUCCAAUGAGCUUGUUUCCGUGAUUUUAGCAGCAUUUGUAUUGUAAUUAUUGUAUUUCUGAUUUGCGCCUAUUUAGACGCGCCCGUUUUAUUAGGGUUCCCCAAUUUCUGGGAUUCGAAAAUGCCACCAUUUUUGUCUACCUCAAAAGCUCUCCGAUCCUUUUCAUCGCGUAAAACCGGUGUCAGACAAUUAAUUAGUUUCGGCGCGAGCCAUUGGCAGCUCGAGAAACCCGAUCGGUGCCAAUGCUUCAGUACUAUUGCGGGCAUCCAGAACCGGUCCAUUUGCAAACCCUUUGGCUGCUACGCUCAUUCUAUAUCAGCAGUUGGAGGUUUUCAUCAGAAUUAUUUUGUUCAAAUGAGGCAGUUUCUGGGAUGUGGAGAUGGUGAAGAAGGUGUACUAUCCAAAGUGUACGAGGAGAAGCGCGUUUUGGGGUACUCCCCAGAGCAAUUAUUUAACGUCGUUGCCGCUGUUGACUUCUAUCAUGGUUUUGUCCCAUGGUGUCAGAGAUCUGAGAUAAUUAAAGACUAUCCAGACGGUUCAUUUGAUGCUGAGUUGGAGAUUGGAUUUAAAUAUCUUGUUGAGAGUUAUGUUUCCCAUGUUGAAUUGGAAAGACCAAAGCGUAUAAAGACCACUGUAUCCCAGAGUACCCUGUUUGAACAUUUGAUAAACAUAUGGGAAUUUAAUCCCGGGCCAGUUCCAGGAUCUUGCAACGUUUAUUUCCUGGUUGAUUUUAAGUUUCAAUCUCCUCUUUACAGACAGUUUAAAGAGGCAAUCUAUGGUCAACCCGUGGAGAAGAAUUUUAGAUUCGUGUUUAGUUUUCUUAGUGUUCUAGUGAUGUGGUCCCUUUCUUUAUUCUUUUGUGCUCUCUAUUCGUGUUCAUGGAUGUUGUAAGUACUGAAUAUCCCAUAUCAGGCAUCUUCGUAUUUGGACUUUUGAGUUAUGACUAUUGAUUGAUAGAAUAUAUAUAUAUAUAUAUAUAUUUUAAAUACU